UAGGACACAAGAGAGGGGACAGAAUUGCUACACGUUUCAGCUGGUCCUCUGUUGUUGUUGUUGUAGUGGUUUUGCAGCUGAUGAGUUGAAGACCGAGAGCAAGAGAGAGAGAGAGAGGGAGAGAUAAAGAGAGGAGUGAGAAGAAAAGGGCAAGAGAGAGAGAGAGAGAAGGAAAUCUGUAUUCAUGUAAGGAGUUUUGACAAGAAGACAACAGCCGUGUAUGAUAAUGGAUGCAGGUCAGCGUUUUGACCCCGAGCUUCCUGACGAAACCAGAAGCACCAGAAACACAGAUAUCUCAAGUGUGAACCAACAUCCACCCUGCUUUCUAAACCUGCUGUUGGCGGUACAGCAGGUGUUUGUGCAGUGCUCUUUGCUGGUUCUGGUCCUCGGUGUGUUGCAGCAACAUCUACUAUUACAGGAUGGAGAGAGAGAGAGGUUACUGUCCUCCAUGUUGUUCUACUCCGCUCUCUCCACUCUGAUACAGAGCUGUCUGGGGACAUGCCUCCCUCUGGUCCAGGCUCCAUCUCUGGAAACCCUGAUCCCUGCUGUAGUCCUCACUGCCCAGAUUGUUACUGAACCGGCCUGCAGAGGGCACUGUGAGGAGAGUGAGGAGGACAUCCUGCCCAGAGCCAACCCAGUCAGAGAGCUCCAGGGUAUGACUGUGAUAGUGGGAAUGGUCCAGCUAGUUCUGGGUGUGACAGGUCUGAGUGGUGUGGUUCUGAGACACUGUGGUCCGCUGGUCAUAGCCCCUCUGUUGUGUCUACUGGGCUUCUCCAUCUACAGAGAGGCUGCUCUGCUCUGCUCAGACCACUGGGCCAUCGCUGCACUGACAGUCAUCCUCCUAGUGCUCCUGUCCCAGCAUCUACGUUCCUACAUGCUCCCAGCAUGCCUCAGCAUGCCUCAGCUGCCUGUCUGCAGGAUGCUCUCUUUGCUGCUUCCCCUACUGAGUGUGUGGGCUCUGUGUGAAGUCUUGGAGAGUUUUGGGGUUUUACGUCUGCGUUCCGUCUCCGAGCUGCUGCCGGCACUGAAGACGAGCAACACUUCCUUUCCCGAACCUUUACGGUCGGACCCCUUCACUGUGCCGUGGCUCAGUCCCCCUCUGGCAGCUGAGACAGGUCUACCCCUGCUGUCAGUUCGAGGCAUGGCGGCUGGUGUCGUUGCAGCCCUCUCCUCCUCUGUCAGUUCAGUGGGGAUGUACCUGCUAACGGCCCGGCUCCUGGGAGUCCCCCCUCCCCCCGCAGCAGCCUGUAACAGAGGCCUUGGGUCCCAGGGUCUUGGCAGUGUGGUGGCUGGCCUGAUGGGGGCGCCACUGGGGCUCAGCAGCAGUGUCCCCAACACCUGUACUCUUGGACUCAGCCAGUCUGGGUCCAGGUGGACAGUGCAACUGGCAGCCAUCUUGGGACUGGCCCUAGGAGUGUCGCCUCGACUGACACAGAUCAUCACUUCUGUCCCCUUGGCCAUCUACGGUGCUCUUCUCAGUGUAACGUACACUAUUGCCGUGGCUACAGGUGUGCGGUACUUCCAGUUCACACACAUCGACUCUGGACGUAACAUCUUCAACAUCGGCUUGGCUGUCUUCAUGUCUCUAGUGCUGCCUCACUGGUUCCGCAUGCAGACCGUCUUUAUUGACACGGGUAUGGUCAGUGUUGAUGUCCUUCUCCAUUCUCUUCUGACCUCACCUGUGCUCCUGGUGGGCAUCCUGGCUUUCCUAUUGGACAAUACAGUAUCGGGGUCUUCAUCGGAGAGAGGACUUGACUCAGCGGAGAUGGAGAAGACGGGAUGGACAUCAGUCAACAACGCUGUUCCUGUUCCAUUCCAUGUCCGUCAGCUAUUAAACCUUCACUCCCCGUACCUGCUUCUCAUCUCUUGCGUCGAUCCUUCCAGGUGACUACCUCAUGAAGCUGGUUGAGAGAAUGUGCAAAGCUGUCAUCAAGGCAAAAAUUGGUUACUUUGAAGAAUCUCAACUAUAAGAUUUAUUUUGAUUAACACUUUUAUGGUUACUGAAUGAUUCGAUAUGUGUUAUUUAAUGGUUUUGAUGUCUUCACUAUUAUUCCACACUAUUAUUUUGCAAUGUGGAAAAUAGUAAAAAUAAAGAAAUACCCUGGAAUGAG